UUCGUGCGCUUCCUCUUCCUGCGCGCAUAAACAAGCUGUAAUCAGGCGAGUGAAGACGUCGUUCUCAGUUACAAUUUUUGCUCGUCAUUGCGUAUUGUAACAAUAGUUUACGCUAUAUAAUUGUUAAGUUUUAGACAACUAAGAAUAAUCUGUAGUUGUGUAAGUGAACAUGAAGACUCUAGCUGUACUCCUGGCGGUGGUGGCGGCCACGCAGGCCGUCUCCUUCUUCGACCUGGUGCGUGAGGAGUGGCUCGCUUUCAAGAUGGACCACAACAAGAGCUAUUCAAGCGAUGUGGAAGACAAGUUCCGAAUGAAGAUAUACGCGGAGAACAAGCACAAGAUCGCCAAGCACAACCAGCGGUUCAAGCAGGGGCUGGUCUCCUUCCGCCUCAAGCAGAACAAGUACGGGGACCUGCUGCACCAUGAGUUCGUGCACAUCAUGAACGGCUUCAACCGCACGUCGCCCAAGUCCCGCACCAGCCUGAAGGGCCGCGAAGGUCCGUCAUACCGCGCAGCGACCUUCAUCCCACCGGCGCACGUGACCGUGCCCUCCGAGGUGGACUGGCGCAAGAAGGGCGCCGUCACCGAAAUCAAGGACCAGGGCAAGUGCGGCUCCUGCUGGUCCUUCAGUACCACGGGCGCGCUAGAAGGCCAGCACUUCCGCAAGAGCGGCUACCUGGUGUCCCUGUCGGAGCAGAACCUGAUCGACUGCUCGGCGGCGUACGGGAACAACGGCUGCAACGGCGGCCUCAUGGACAACGCCUUCAAGUACAUCAAGGACAACGGCGGCAUCGACACCGAGAAGUCCUACCCGUACGAGGCUAUGGAUGACAAGUGCAGAUACAACCCGAAGAACUCCGGCGCCGACGACGUGGGGUUCGUGGACGUGCCCGCCGGCGACGAGGAGGCGCUGAUGAAGGCCGUGGCCACCGUGGGGCCCGUGUCCGUGGCCAUUGACGCCUCGCUCGAGACCUUCCAGCUGUACUCCGACGGCGUCUACUACGACGAAAACUGCUCCUCGCAGAACCUCGACCACGGGGUGUUGGUGGUGGGCUACGGCACGGACGAGGACGGCGGCGACUACUGGCUGGUGAAGAACUCGUGGGGCCGCUCGUGGGGCGAGCUGGGCUACAUCAAGAUGGCGCGCAACCGCAACAACCACUGCGGCAUCGCCUCCGCCGCCUCCUACCCGCUCGUCUAACACAAGCCACCUACACUACACUUCUAGUGUUGCCAGCUCGCACGAACGCCUUGGACAAUUCAGGGGUCCGAAGACCUGAUUUUUCACUUUUCUAAUAUUUAGUCUGUACCUCAUUGUACUUUCUAUAUAUCCUGAUUAGAAGCAACUUCACGUCUUUAUUGUCGUCCUCCACUGAUGAUCCUAAUGAAAUUAUAACACUUCGGGCUGGCAACACUAGCACUCAUCAGCCAUCACAUCAUCUAGUAAAUACUAGCUUAAGUAGACACUAGUACGGACCGAGCAGAAAGCAAAAUAUUUGGUGUCACUGCCGAUAAUUGCGCCGAUUUAAUAAUCAAGACGUAGCUGUCCCGGCCGGUCUGCCCCAGACAAGCCUUCAUGACCUGCAAAGACUUAUAACAGCGUUUUAUAUGUAAAUGUCUACAUUCCAUUUUAUAGCAGUUGUGUCAAGUGUCGUAAAUAUAAGAAAUCUAGUAUAAGGAAUGAUAUUAGUAAGAAUUUUGGAAUUGUUUUAUGCCAUUUCUGUUUCACUGUAAGUUUUAAUUCAUGUGAUAUAGUAGCUUAUUUGUGUGUAAAUUGUAAGAAAAUAAAAGUAUUUUUCCAAA